AUGAGCACCAAGACACAAACAGCAUCCGCGAUGGGUGAUGCCAAGACACGCGAUGACGAGCUGCCACCCAUCUCGACGCUCCCCGACCUGGCAGCCGUUGAGCUAGCUGUGCGCUCGACUUCACCCCGCGCAUCGGUAGCUGCGUUGGUGCCGGUGGCUGUCGAUGCGGACCACGUGCCGCCUUUCUCGCAAAGCGCGGUAGUGUUGCUGCUCAACUUCCUGCUCAACAUGACGUUCUUCAUCAUCGUGCCCACCUCGGCCGCCUACGCAAACCAACUCGGCGCCUCAACAUGGUUCUCCGGCCUAACCAUCGGCAUCUCUACCCUGAUUGCCGGUCUAUUCCUCGUACCGUUUUCAAAGCGAUACAACCGCGUCUACCGCUUUCCGAUGCUGUUCAGCUCGGCAUGCAUCUUGGUGGGCGAGGUGGUGUACGCCUUGGCAGGUGCAGCCGAUACUGCCUGGCUCAUGUUUGUCGGUCGUGUCAUUCUGGGCGCAGGGUUCGUGUCGUGGAUGUACGUCAAAAAGUACAUGACCGACGCCGCGGUGGUGGGCACACACAAGCGCACGAUGAUGGCCGCAUGCUUAGUGACGACCCAGGUGGGAGGCAUGGCUGUAGGGCCGUUCAUCGGAGGAUUGCUGUCCAAGCAGGUUAGGCCCAUGGACGACGAGCAUCGCAUCUGGAACGGCUUCACCGCCAGCGGAUGGCUAAUGGCCGGGAUCUUUGGCGGCUUCUUUGCGCUCACCUGGUUCGUAUUUGUCGAUCCAGUGCAGCUGGUGCCCAACUCGCAGCUCGAACUGGGCGCACUCCCCGCAACGCAGCCAAAAAUGACCGCAGAUGCGCCAAGCGAGCCGACGCUGCGGAGCAUGGUGCGCGAGCUCAACGGCGCACAAAAGUUCUCGGUGCUCACCAUGUGCUGGUUCAGCAUGGUCAACUUCCUCGUGCUGGGAGCGUGGGAGGCCAACAUCCCGGUCUUCGGCCAGCUGCGAUUCGGAUGGAGCGAGUAUAAUGCCGGCAACGUGAUCGCGCUCGGUGGCCUGGCGACGAUGCCCAUCCUGUUUGCGCUCGUAUUUGCCGCACGCCAUGUGCAGGACCGACUGAUCCUCGCUGCCGGUCUACUGUUUGGCCUGCUGGGGCUGUCGCUGCAUAUGGGCAGCCUCGAGAGUCCGGCGCAUUCGGCCGUGGCGAGGUUGGGCAUGCUGCAUUCGCUCAACUUUGGCUCGUUCUUCACCAGCUGGUUCCUGGUGGCGCUGGGAUACAACAUGUUGACCACCGUCACGCUCUCGCUGCUGUCCAAGCAGGUUCCGGCCAAGUACAACGGCUUGACCUCGACAGUGAUCCAGCUGAGCAACUAUUCGGGCAGAAUCUCGGGCGCGCUGUGGGGAUCCACCAUCUACCAGGUGGGCCAGUUUAGCAUCGUGUCGCUCGAGCUGGCGGUGACGCUGAUUGGCACGUUCCUGAUCGGCUUCAUGUGGCGCAAGAUGGACGUGCAGCGCGGGUAG